GGCCUGUGCUACUUUCCCCUGAGCCCUCGCUUGGCGGCCACGUUUGCGCCACCUAUAGCCCGGGAGGCUGUGCGUCAUGGCGGCUUCUUGCCCACUCCCGGUAACCCCCGACCUGCCCACGCUGCGUGCCAAGUUGCACGGGCUGCUGCGGUUCCUGAGGGAAGCGCUGUCCAUUUCCAAUGCACAUACGGUGGACUUCUACACGGAGUCGGUGUGGGAGCAACUGGUCGACCUGCCUCCGGAGACCGUGCUGGCGGUGCUGAAGAGGUCGGCGGCGGAGGCGGAGGCCCAGCCCUCGGCGGCGCGCCUCCUGGUGGAAGCCCAGGGAGGAUCAGAUAGUACUGAUUUUCCAAAAGUAUUUUGUGAAACUUCCCAGAAGCUGGUUAGUGUGGAAGCCUUUGCUCUGGCUGCAAAAUGUUAUUCUGUACAAAACUUGGGAAUAUGUACUCCUUUAGAACAGUUGCUUAUAGCCCUCCGAGGAAAUCAAAAACAGAGAACUGAUAAAAAUGUGAAGCCAGAUGAGUUUAUGAAUUUGAAAAAGUCUCAUGAAGUUCAGGCAAUGUCGGAGCUUAUCAGCAGUGUUGCUGAUUACUAUGGAGUAAAGCAGAUAAUUGACCUAGGCUCUGGAAAAGGCUACCUAAGCUCCUUUUUGUCUUUGAAGUAUGGCUUAAAAGUUUAUGGAAUCGAUUCCUCAAAUACCAAUACUCAUGGAGCUGAGGAGAGAAACAGGAAACUGAAGAAACAUUGGAGAGUCUAUCAUAGACGGUCAAAAUUAGAUGUCAGUGCCCUGGCAUGGCAAACAGCAAAAGAAAGGAAGCUGCAGGAUGAAAUUGAAUGUAAUGCAUAUGCCGAGGGAGUGGGUAACAGCAGUACUGCAAAUCAAGAAAAAAUGUCAACCUCAGAUUUUUUGCCAGAUUUUUCAGGCUCUGUAAUUUCCAGCAUCAGAAAACAAAUGGAAAACCUCCAUGUACAUUCACAUCGAGAAGAAAACUUGUAUUUUGAGAAUGCCUUUUCUGUUAGAGAUCUUUUACCUAUUAAUGCCAUAGAAUCUACUUCGUCCCAAACACCCAAGAGGAAAAUGUUGGAAACAAAUAAAGAGAGAAGAAAAGUGACAUCAAAGUCAAAUGAAUCAAAUGUAUAUUCACCUUUAACAUCUUUUAUCACUGCUGAUUCAGAACUACAUGAUAUUAUUAAAGAUCUGGAGGAUUGUUUGAUGGUCGGUCUCCAUACGUGUGGUGAUCUUGCUCCAAAUACUCUUCGAAUAUUUGCUGCCAAGUCUGAAAUCAAGGGAGUUUGCAGUGUGGGUUGUUGCUACCACCUUUUAUCUGAAGAGUUUGAAAACCCACAUAAAGAAUGUACCCAAGAAAAGUGGGGAUUUCCAAUGUGCCACUAUUUGAAGGAAGGGAGAUGGUGCUGUGGCCGUAAUGCCAGAAUGUCAGCAUGUUUGGCACUGGAACGGGUUGCAGUUGGCCAAGGGCUGCCUACUGAAUCACUCUUCUAUCGUGCCGUUCUUCAGGAUAUUAUUAAAGAUUGUUAUGGCAUCACCAAAUGUGAUCGGCACGUUGGUAAACUUUAUUCCAAAUCCUCUUCUUUUCUGGAUUAUGUCAGAAAGUCUCUAAAGAAGCUUGGAUUAGAUGAGUCCAAGCUGCCAGAAAAAGUUAUAAUGGACUACUACGAGAAGUAUAAGCCUCGAAUGAAUGAGCUGGAGGCUUUUAAUAUGUUGAAAGUUGUUCUGGCUCCUUGUAUAGAGACACUGAUUCUUCUGGAUCGACUUUGCUACCUGAAAGAACAGGAGGAUAUUGCCUGGUCUGCACUUGUGAAGUUGUUUGAUCCUGUGAAGUCUCCCAGAUGUUAUGCUCUUAUUGCACUAAAGAAGCCACAGUGACUUCAAAUGAAGCAAGGUCCAAGAUGACGGAUGCCCUGAAUUCUAUCUGUGGAUCCCCUGGGUUCAGCAAACGUUUCCUCUCCCUGUGGACACAUGAAAACAGACCACCUACAGGAACAACUAUGAACAGCAGUUCUUCCAUAUUUGGAGGAGUGAGACCUUCCCACGUCCAUCAGAAUGGCUGAAAUUAAAAGGAUUGAUCCUACUGAGUGUUGGAGAUAAUAUACAGCCACCACAACUCCGAAGACUGCUGGCAAGUGCUAAUGAUACAGUUGUUUCGGAGAACAAUUGGGCAGGUUUUUAUAAAGUUAAACAUAUUUGUUAUAUGACCCAACAAUCCCAUUAGAUGUUUACCCGAGAAGAAUGAAAUCGUAGGUCCAUAACAGCAAAUGUUAACAGUUGCUUUAUUCAUAGUAGCCAAAAGUCCAUCAACAGCGUCACAGAUAAAAACAUUGUGGUAUAAUUCACACAGUGGAAUAUUGCUCAGCAAUAAUCAGCAAUGAACUACUGAUGCCAGCAGCAAUGAGAACGAGUUUCAAAAGCAUUACGGUAAAUGGCUAAGAGAAAUAAGGUAGACACAGUAGACUGUGUGCUGUAUUUAUAUGACGUUCACAUGACAUCCCAGAAAAGUCAAAACUAGAAACAGAAAACAGAUCAGUGAGCCAGUGAGCUGUGGGUGAAGGGAUGAUUGCCUACAAAGGGGCGUAAGGAACUUUCUGGGGUGAUGAAGUGGGUGUUUGUAAAAAUGCAUUAAAAUCUACAUUUAAAAGGGGUGAAUAGGGGUUCCCGUUGUGGCACAGCGGAAGUGAAUCUGACUAGUAUCCAGGAGGAUGUGGGUUUGCUCUCUGGCCUCACUUUGUGGAUUAAGGAUCUUGAGUUGCCGGAACUGUGCUGUGGGGUCGCAUACGCGGCUCAGAUUCGGGGUUGUUGUGGCUGCGGCACAGGCUGGCAGCUGUAGCUCCAAGUUGACCCUAGCCUUGCAACUCCCAUGUGCUGCGGCUGCGGCCCUAAACGAAAAAUAAGGGGAGGGGUGAAUAUUGUGGCCUGUGAAUUGUACCUCAGUAAAACCUGACUUAAAAAAUUCUGAAAUUUUAUCAGAGAGAAAUUAUAAACGAUAUUUUGAUUCUCGAGCUAAAUUGUCAUGUUAAAGCAGUCAAUCUCAGAGUUUCUCCACCGAAAAUGAAAGGCAUUUGUCCAUACUCUAAAUGCAGAGGGGAACAGAUGUAUUGGCUCAGUGUCUUAUUGAGUUUGUAUGCUAUUUGGAAAUUGGAUUGUUUUGACAAAUUACUUGCCAGCCAGGAAAAGCAUGAAGGGAUUAUUUGUCCACUGUGAUUUCAGAUUUUUCCCUAAUGAUCAAGUCAUUUGAAAUAAGAGAGGCAGCCAAAGUAGUUUUACUCAGGAAGAUAUUAUUUCAUACACAGACAUGUCAGAAACAACAGAAGCGAGAAAGGAGAUGACUCCAGUUUUUAAUUUUUUAAACCUAACCGAAGCGUUGUAAAUAGCAACAAACGAUUUCAGUUCUAAAGAGCACAUCAUUCAGAUUUCCUUCUAAGAGCUUCCCAGCUUACAGACUUGAAAUAAUUUGUGAGCGUGGGUGUCGGAGACUUCGUGUUGCAAUGCGAACCUUUCCUUUUCAAUCCGCUUGAAUACCUGCUUUAAGGCUAACUGUUUGAGGAUCCCAUCAGACUAUAUCGCUGUUUUUUACUUGUUUACGGGUGCUGCUGUUUUCCUACUGUGCUAUAGAACAGUUUGCUGUGAUAAGACUAUGAUUUCAAAGAACUUCUUUGCCAAUAAGUCGUGUGUCCUUCAAUAAGGCAAAGGAAAGCUUUACAGUCUUCAUAAGAGCAAUAUCCCUCAUUUGUUUUUUAAUAGUACAUUGUCUACCGUAUCUGAAAGAGUUCUUUUCUCAUCCGCGGUUCACAGAAUGAAGAACUGCCACGUGUUUUAAAUGAGUUUCUGUGUAACUAUCAACUUAAAUGACUUCAUUUUUACCUUCAUGCCUUUUCAAAGUAUGGUCAUAACAUUGGUUGUUUGAAUGAACUAGUGGUAGAUAAUUUAGGUUAUUUUUAUAUUCUUUUUUUUUUUUUUUUUGCCGGAAAGACCAACUAAACUGUUAAAUUUGCACAUAUCCCCCCCCCCACUUCCCCACAGAGAUGCUUGAUCUCCAAGUCAUUGUUUGCCGUGUUUACGUGAGGUUUAUUCUGUUGCAUCUCUAGGUCGGCUGCCAUCAAACACACUAGCUGCUGGCCACGAGCGAUUAUCUUCAGUAUUUCAAAUGAAGUAAAAGUUCACUUCCUCGCUCAUCCCAGACAUAGUUCCUGUGCUCACCAGCCACGGGUGUCCACGGCUGUCCCAUUGGACAUGCAGAGAGGCGGCAUCCUCUCAUCACAGCCAUUCUGUUGGGCGGUGCUGGUCCAGGCCAGGGUCAGAAAGCUGUUUUCUUACAGGGCUGGAUCGUAAGUAGUUUAGAGUUUUGUGAGCCAGCAGGCAAAACUGAGGUUCCUAUUCAGGUACUUAUUUAACUAUUGGAAAAGUGGAUCUCUUUCAAAAUGGAAAAAACAUGCUUAACGUGCAGGCUGUGAAAAACAGGCAGGAGGCUGGAGUUAAGCCGUAGUUUGCCCACUGCUGGCGAGGCUCCUCCUGUCCUCUGUUCAUUAAAGAGGUCUUUCUCGAUCAGGCCUGUGUUGUAAGGGCUGAACUAAAUACUCAGUAUAGCUCCGUGAACAAGAAAAUACAGUCCCAGCACUCAUGGAGUCCAGGAAUGCAGCAGGAAAGGCGCUCUGACAUCACAUAAUUAGUUAUUAUAAUUUAACAAAUCAAAUGAAGGAGAUAAGCAGGGUGUUACGAAAGGAAGUAACAGGGAAAUGUAAACCGGCAUAAAAGAUGGAGUUGAUUCUAAGAAUUAUCUGCAGCUAAUAUUAUACUUUUAAUAUAUACCACUGUUUAGAUUUUCCAGCUGACCCAUGUAAAAAAGGCACUGUAAAAAUUAAUAAAUCUAGUAAUAUCUAAGUGGGCUUAUGUUCAAGUAUAUUACAUUCUUACAUACCAUCUGUUUUAUAUAUACGAAAUAGUAGUACAUCCAAUGAUAAAAAUUGUGCUUGCUAGUACAACAUUUAUUGAUGUUUGGUAUUUCAUUUUCCUCUACUAGAGUCUCUUAUAAGAAGAAAAGUAUAUAAAGUAAAUGUUUCCUUGAAACCAGAAAAAGUUGCCACGGAUUCACUCCUGAAAUGGCCCCCAUUUUCUGUUAGUUCCUGGGUAUCAAAAUUCAAACUGAGGCUGUUAUUAAACGAAACAGUGUGAUGCACAUGCCACUAGGCUACUGUGACAGAUUGUUUUCAAAAUAGAUGGCUUCUUUUCAUGUCUGAGAACUCCAUAUACAUAACCAGCACAACAAAAUGAAAUAAAAAUAAUUUACUCUCCUGCCUUCCCAUAUAUGGGCAAUGUUUCUCAAGAUCAUUUCUGAUUUUUUGAGGCCUUCUUUGCACUUUGCAUUUCCUGUAAAUGUUUCCUUUUUUUUAUGGCGGUGUCAAGAACUUGAUGUCAGUCUAAAUAUCUCAUCACUGAGCACGUGAAAGAGGAUUAACGGAGCGGAAGCCAUUCUAAAUUGAGCACACACCUUGAAUGACAAGUAGGCCAAACUAAAGUUGUUUAGAGAUUAAAUCAUGCACCAUGUAUCUGCUUUGUUUCAAUAAAUAAACCGCAAAUGUUAAAUACAGCUGAUUUUGUGCAUCCAGGUGAGGAUGAAAUAAAGGGGAUAAAAUAUUUCCUAA